AUGGCUUGCGGCCUUCCACGCGCUCUACAAGUGGCACUUGCAGUUCGCGCGCUCAGCUUGGCCUUGCCCCACACGUUUUUUCAACCUGACGAGUUCUACCAAGCCUUCGAGCCAGCUUACGCCGUCGUCUUCGGCCAAGGUCAUCUGACGUGGGAGUGGCGCGAUUUACCCCUUCCAGAAGGCGUUGCGCACACCUGGUGGACACGAGUAGUGACGGGAGGGAGGUUACGCGGAUGGAUAUGGCCAGGAGUCUUCGUGCUGGCGUAUAAGCUCGUCCAAGUGCUGGCGCUUGACUCCACAGACCUGAUCGUCUUUGUACCACGGGUUGUUGGUGUGAUCCUCGCGGCAGUUACAGACUACUACACCAGCCGCCUCGCGGGCAAGGUUCUCGGGGAAGGCUAUGCGGCCGGUGCACUUUUCUUGUCUCUCACAUCGCUGUUCAAUGCGCACCUUCUCCCACGCGCUUUGUCAACCUCUCCCGAAACACUGCUCACAACAAUUGGGCUCUACUACUAUCCUCUCCCCGCGUUUCGCCCAGCGUCGUUGGGCGCCACAUGUGUACCUUCUCAAGACGGGACAGCGGAGCACCAUGAAGCUCAGCGAACAUGUGGUGCGAUGGAUAGAGCUGAAGGCGGCAAAACGAGGCCUUCAUCAGACAACAUGUUAUUUGCGGCCGCAGUAGCCGCGCUCUCCCUUUGCAUCAGGCCAACGAUGCUGGUGUUUUGGGCAUACCUGCAUCUGGAAACCUCUAUUCGUCAUUGGGUCACUCACGGCGCAACAGCCACGUUCUGUCUAACAGCGGAUACUCUACUUGGAGGACUGACAGUUUUGGGGCUGUCAACCUUGCUUGAUUGGCACAUGAUGGGAAGGCUUACCAUUCCCACCUUAAGCUUCUUCCACCAGAACGUGGUGCGCAAUGUUGCGUUGUUCUACGGCGGGACAGGUUUACUGUACCAUCUCGUUCAAUCCCUCCCUCUGCUGCUCAUGCCGAUCUGGUUCUGGUGGGGCGAGGGGUUCCUCGCUGCUAUCCUUCCUCAGUCCAUGCAGCCACCAGCGCUCAAGAAACUGGACAUCCCCUUGGCCCUCAGCACGUUAGGUCGGACAAUUGUGGUCACCAUAGCCACGUUAUCACUAUCCCCACACUCCGAAUGGCGUUUCCUCCACCCAUUGCUACCGCCACUUAUGCUCUUCGCGCUUCCACCACUUCAGGCUUCCUACAAGCCCACUCCAAUGGGAUACCACAGCUUCCUGACAUCUGUCCGGCAGUACUGCCGCCUCCCCUCGCGACCGUGUUAUCUCAUCCUUCUUUGCCCCAUAAUUCCCUACCUCUACCUUAACUCCUUUCAUGGUGCUGCCCAGGUUGCCGUUAUCAAUGGCCUCCGGCACGGCGAUUUUGGAGCAGCCUCGUUCGUCGUUGCGCUCAUGCCGUGCCAUUCCACCCCUUGGUCUAGCCAUCUGGGCAACAUCCCUGGAUGGUUCCUCACCUGCGAGCCACCUCUAGUCCCACAGAGCGCCGACGUGCAUUGGACGCAGCAAGAUCUCUUCUAUGCGUCUCCCGUCACCUACAUUCAACAUGUCUUUCCCUCACCACCGGCCAAGCUCAGUGAUGUCCCGACGAUGGCUGGGGAGGAGCGCAUGCCUUCACAUGUGCUCGUCUUUGGCGAAGUUCUGGCAAGGCAAGACACGCUUGGCAAUUCGUCGCUUUCCGUGGAGCAGGCAUUGGCCGAGCGAGGAUAUCACGAGAAGGCGAGGUUGUGGAACGGUUUCGACUUCGCUCAGGAUGAGGAAAAGCGGCGCGGUGGCGUGCGCGUGUGGACACAUGGUGAGAGUUAUGACCUCGUGGGGGAGCCCGCAGCAUAAGAUGACAGGACGGUUCAGUGUGACAUAGGCGGGUCUUCUGAAUGUUCAUGCCGGAACACGGCAGCACGGGACGCAACCAACGUUGGCAUACAUGAAUAUAUUGAACUACGAAUGUCACGACGCCGACGGCUGACUGGUAAGCGCUGCAAUCAAGACACAAGAAGAAUCAUUGGAAUGGGUCAGACAUAGGAGGUCCUCUUGCGAGGAAGGUUCGAUUCCAGGGGAGUUGUCGACAUGCAUGGAUGCGAAGAGGGAG